AUGGUACCCAAGAAAUCGACUGACGAUUGGAGACCAUGCGGCGACUAUCGUGCUCUCAACAGAGCCACUGUUCCCGACCGAUACCCUAUUCCUCAUAUGCAUGAUUUUUCUCACACGCUAGUUGGAAAAACAAUUUUUCCCAAAAUAGACCUCGUGAGGGCAUACCAUCAGAUUCCGGUCGAGGAAGAAGACAUCCCCAAGACCGCCGUCACAACGCCUUUCGGUUUGUUCGAAUUCAUUCACAUGCCGUUUGGUUUGCGCAACGCGGCCCAACCCUUCCAACGCUUCAUCGAUGAGGUUUUGCGGGGUCUCUCAUUCACUUAUUUCUACAUUGACGACAUACUCGUCGCAAGUUCUUCGGCAGAGGAACAUGCCUCGCACUUACAUCAGAUAUUUCAACGUAUUCAGCAACAUGGUCUGCAAUUAAACGUUGACAAAUGUACCUGUGGCGUCUCUUCUUUAGAUUUCCUUGGUCACGACGUCGACCAGCAUGGAAUCACACCGCUGCUAGAGAAGAUGCAGAGCAUCCUGUCGUUCCCUGUCUCCAAGACUCUAAUUCAGUUGCGGCGUUUUAUAGGCCUUCUCAACUAUUACCGACGUUUUAUCUCUCACUGUGCGGCGACCCUAGCUCCCUUAACGGACUUUCUGAAGUCUAAAGUAAAGCCGAUCGAACUUUCUCCAGCAGCUCACUCAGACUUUGAGGCAGCUAAAAAAGCUCUUGCUGAUGCCACUUCGCCUCACCAUCUCAGCUCCGAUCCCCACGCACAGCUUAUCCUGACCACCGACGCUUCCAACAGUGCUCUCAGCGCAGUCCUGCAUCAACAGAUGAAUAACCAGUUGCAGCCAUUGGCUUCCUUUUCACAGGAGCUACAACCGGCGCAGACUCGAAACAGUACUUUCUAUCGCGAGCUCCUUGCCAUCAACUUGGCUAUUCGUCAUUUUCCACACCUCUUAGAGGGCAGAGACUUUUCGUUCACACCGACCACCAACCUCUCACUUACGCCCUCAAGGCCAAUCCAGAUCGGUACUCGCCCAGGGAAGUUCGUCAUCUGGACUAUAUAUCGCAGUUUACUGCAGAUAUCCGCAAGGUCCGAGGCAGCGACAAUGUCGCUGCUUAUGCAUUAUCCCACCCGGACAUCAACACACUUACAUCCGAUUUCGACCUGA